GUUAUUUUUAUAACAUAAACAUCGCAAAAUGGCGUUUGCAAAGUGAAUAUAAUUGUUUGCCAGACUAUCUGCUGAAGACAAUUCGAAGUUAAUCAUCAUAUGGUUUCAUAUAUUUCUCCAUAAAAUCAAUUUUUAUCUGUCACUUUGAGUAGCUAUGCACGCUGCAGACUGAUCGAAAAAUUGACCGUGUAUGUUGAAAAUUAUGUAACUCAUCACAUUUUGUUGAAUUGUAUUGCAACAAUGCUCUCAGAGCAAAAUUUUAAAGAAGUUGCUUAUACAAACGCGAAGAAUGAUGAUACAAAUCAGGUAAAAAAUUUAACAUUUCCUCCCAGUACCUUCCCUAUAAAAAUUUUAAAUUUUAACAUUAAAACGUUCGAUCGAUCGAAUGUUGCGCCCGCUCAGCUGGUAGGCCUACGUGGCCCGUAGAGAAAUUAAUAAAAGUCGGGUCGUCGACAGAGUUUAAGCGGUUGGUUUUUUUUAUUGUUAGUAUUUCUGACGUAUUUUAAAAAUUCAAAAAAUAUACAUACAUAUACAGUCAUAUACUGUAAAACUUAAGAUUAUAUCACCUAGAGCAAUGGACGAAUUAGAUUCAUCUAUUAAGGAUAUUGGAUAUGUUUCGAAUAGUAAAUUUCUUCAUUUCUUGACUGCGGAAACUCUAACAAAAUAUAUAUUACAAUUUGGAGUCAAUAAAGAUAGAGAUUACGCCUUUUUCAUAUUAGUCAUAACCUUAACCUUUGUAAUAUUUCUUUUGGUUAUUGUAACUUCGAUUAUUGCCAUUAUUCAGUACGCAAACGAAUCAUCCAAGAAUGAAAGCGUUGUAUCAUUAAACUAUAGACAGGAUAAUAAAUACAUGGAAUAUUAUCAAGAUUUAACAAAUCGUAUUGCAGAAAUUUCACGUAAAGAUGAUAGUGUUGAUAAAGAUAACGAAAAGGAAUGCCAUAGUGAUGAUCACAGCGAUGAUAAAAGAAUUCAUUAA